GAAGUCCUUGUUGGGGAACAAUGAAACUGACUUGUAUUCAGCAGUAUGUGAUCGCUGAGCUGCAGCCAAAUUAAAGCUACCUGAAGUUCAGUACUAGCAAGUUGCUGUACUCAUUUAUUCGUAUUACGUUAUCACGUUGUAUCACUUUUUAAACAUACCGAGGACUCUAUCAUGGAAGUAGAAAAGGAAAUUAAAAAGAUGACACUGGGCCAUGAAAUUGGUGCCGGAGCUGCCUGCCUGAAGUGUAAGGAGAAAUGUGAAGGCUUUGAACUGCACUUCUGGAGGAAGAUCUGCCGGAACUGCAAAUGCGGCCUAGAGGACCACGAUGUGCAAAUGGGCACGGCAGAAGACCGGAAGGUGGGGAGGCUGUUCGAGGACACCAAGUACACAGGCCUUAUGGCCAAGCUGAAGAAAGACGGGGUGCCCAGCUACGGGGGCGCCAUGGUCACCCUACCUACCACCCUGCCCGUCAGUGCCAUACCCAUCAGCACAGCUCAUGCCAGCGCCGUGCCCAUGAAUGCCGCAUCUGCCAGUGCCAUGCCCGCUAGGGUCGCACCUGCCAGCGGUCUGCCAGCCAAAGCUGCACCUGCCAACGCCACACCUGCAACCACUGUGCCUGCAAAAGCCACGCCCUCCAGUACCGUGGCCAACGCCACACCCAUUAGCGCCACGCUUGCAAAGAAGGAUGUGCCCGUCAUGACCGCCACCUAUGAAUGGGUUCCACCAGUGGCCAACCAGUGCCUGGUGGUGCGCUACAUCGAGCUGCUCCCCGUGGAGAAGCGCCCUGUCGUCGGGUCAGAGGGUGCCGCCUACCGCAAGAAGCAGAUGGCCAAACAGCUGCCGGAGCACGACCAGGACCCCUCCAAGUGCCACGAGCUCUCGCCCAACGAGGUCCGGCAGAUGGAGCAGUACGUGAAGAAGUACAAGGAGGACGCUCUGGGCAUGGGCGAUCUCGUACUGCCCGAGGAGAUGAGCCAGGUGCAGGCCCAGGCCGGAGGUAAGGGUGGCUCCGGAGCUGGAGCUGGAGCUGGAGGACCAGCGGGAGCUGGACCUGGGGCUGGAGUUGAAGCAGGACCCGGAGGUGCAGCUGGAAGCAGGGGCAUGACUGCUGCCGUAGGGGCCUUGGGAACUCCAAGGGCUCCCGGAGGCCCAGCAGGACAAACCUAUUCAUGCAGCCACUGCCAGAAGCCCAUGAAGGAGGGCGAGCCGGCAGUGUAUGCAGAACGGGCGGGGUACGACAACCUGUGGCACCCAGCUUGCUUUGUUUGCUGCACCUGCACGGAACUGCUAGUGGACAUGAUCUACUUCUGGAAGAAGGGAAAGCUAUACUGUGGGCGUCACUACGGAGACAGCGAGAAACCACGCUGUGGUGGCUGCGAUGAGCUGAUCUUCAGUAAUGAGUACACCCAGGCCGAGGGCCAGAGCUGGCACCUGAAGCACUUCUGCUGCUUUGACUGCGACUGCGUGCUCGCAGGGGAGACCUACGUCAUGGAGAACGAGAAGCCCGUGUGCAAGCCCUGCUACAUGAAGAGCCAUGCUGUGUGCUGUACUGCCUGUCAGAACCCAAUAGAGCCAGAGGCCCAACGCGUUUCCUAUGGAGAUCACCACUGGCAUGCCGAGCCUGACUGCUUCCAGUGUUCCUGCUGCUCCAAGUGCCUUAUGGGACAGCGCUUCAUGGCCCUGCAGGGCAUGCUCUUCUGCUCUGUCGAGUGCAAGAAGAAGGCCAUGGCUUAGACCGGGGUUGACUAUGCAAUUUCAGCCAAACCGUCUUCCACAAUUCAGCCAGAUGGCUGCCGUCUCUUGAUGUGGAGCUUUCUGGCAUACAGAGGCACACUGCUUACAAAUUUUUUUUUUUAAGAAAGGGCCAAUUUGUUCUAACGCUUUCAAGGCAAGGUAUCUGCAGCCUUGUCCUGCUGUAUCCAAAAAACAGAUGCCGGCUGCUCUUCAGUGCCACUUGAGGAAACACUUUCUGUGCUACUGUAUAGCCAGGUCUACUCUAUGUGUAAUGUGAACCCCAGCAGCAGAUAUGACCAUUUUCUCUUAUGUCAUGUCUCUCAGAUCGAUUGACUGAUUCUGUUGAUUGUACUACUGAUAUGCCUGAAUUAGACCAGUCCAGAAGUUGCCUUCCCACAGAUGGGAUACGUGUAUUAUUUCUGUCUGGAGGGUGGGGGUUUGUGGGGGUGAAGAUUACCAUGGCAGUAUAAAGAUGUGCUUUUCACACAAUUAGCAGGGCAAAGACGGGAUCAGUUCUCUUUGCUUUUGCAACUAAUGUGUUUCCAUGAUGAUACGUCUUUACAUUUCAGUAGUUAUUUUUUGUUCAAUCAAUUGCACUUUAUGUCCUCUUACCCACAUUCUAUAACAUAAUAAAAUUUUACAGCAAGA